GCCCCCGCGGCGCGGGCGCUUCCGGGGACGUGUCUGAGGGCGAUGGCGGCCGGGACGGGAGCGGCGCCGCCCGGGGAGGCGGACGAGCUCUUCGACCUCCGCAACAACUUCUACAUCGGCGCUUACCAGGCCGCCAUCAACGAGGCGCAGCGGGCCAAGCCGAGCAGCCCCGAGAAGGAGCUGGAACGGGACGUGUUCCUGUUCCGAGCCUACAUCGCCCAGGUGAGGCCGGGCUGGGGGAACUCCGGGAAUCCUGGAAUUGUUUGGGCUGGAAGGACCUCCCUUUCCCUUCUCCAGGAAUCAAUCCAAGCCUCUCCUGGAAAACUCAAGUGGGGGGAAAAACCCCCCCAAAUUUUUAUUUUUGUGCUGAAAUCCCUUUUCCUUUGUGAUUUUUCCCACUUUUCCUGCAGGAAGGAGCUGAAGAAAAUGCAGGAGCAGGACGAGGACGCCACCCUGACCCAGCUGGCCACAGCCUGGGUGAACCUGGCCAUGGGCGGGGAGAAGCUGCAGGAGGCGUUUUACACGUUCCAGGAGCUGGCGGAGCGCGCCUGCCCCACGCUGCUGCUGCUGUCGGGCCAGGCCGUGGCCGCCAUGGCCCAGGGCCGCUGGGACGAGGCCGAGGGGCUGCUCCAGGAGGCUCUGGACAAGGAGAACGACUUUGACCGCCUGGCCCUGCAGUACACACCCAGUGCCUGA